AUGCCUCUUCCGUCUCUGACGCUUCAGUCUGUGACGUUGCUCUCGUGCUGCGUGGAGCAGUUUCCGAGCAGCUGCCGAUCGUUCAGAGACAAUGUAGACACAGGAGCUGCUGUGAAAUGUUUACCAGGAAUGGCGACAUCAGACCAUUUGUAUUGCAUGGCCAUCGUGCACGUCGUCAAUCAGACGGAAACAACAUUUCGAUUGCGAUUGCGGUGCGCUAUUAACGGCAGUGAUGACAUCACUUGCGAGGCAAAGAUUGUUCGCCAGUGCUCUCGUCAGCUCGCAAUCGAAGUUCCCCGGCUGCAGUCUUCACCCUUGUGUGAAAAGCCAUUCAACUUGGCCGGGAUGCUGAACGAUCUGCUGGAAAUAGAGUGGGAAACAUGUUCUGGCAUCCGAGGACGACUGCUCUGUGAGGACCACCUCGUGGGACCGGCUACUGAGCACGGUCGACUCGAGCUUUUUUUACCGCCCAUCAGUUUCCAGAUUCAGUCCCCGGACAACGGCUUCGUGGUGGCCAGCACCGAAAACGAAGGUGGAGGAAGGAGUGUACCGAAGGACAAAGACGAAAGUGGCACCUCGCUCAACCCGUCGUGUUUUUUUCAGGUGCCGAAUUUACGAAGUCAGCUGCGGACAUUACAAACGGGGCUGUUCACGUAUGUUCCAAUAGUUAUUUCACUUCAGAGGACAGGCGAGAUCGACGGCCAAGAGCAGGCAGCACUUUGUGUGGAGGUGGAGGUGGUGAUAACAGAAGAAGUAGAUAAGGCUGUUCGCGAGAUGAGCGACCACGUGAUGGCUGUGGGACAACUAAAAUCGCUCGUCCGAUGGGACAGCGGGAUCGAUAGACGUCCAAGACUGUGCGAGAUCCAGUGUAUGUUCUUGUCGGAAGGCAAUUUUCGCGUUGCUGUCUGUGGUCGGGUCGCUGGCCUCGACAAGAAGCAGGCCGGUGGUGAGACUUGGUGCCACCAACCUUUAUAUAUAUGCGUUCGAUCGGAAAACGAUAUCGUCGCGGAAACAACUGCGCGAACUAUUUAA